AAAAUGAUGACAUCGCUAGUAAUAGGAACUCUAAUGGUAUCGAUAUUGACCUUCGGAAUAUUCGGUAAUUUAAAUGUGAUUUAUGCCACAAAGAAGUUCAAAGAGCUGCAAACUCGAAACGGGAUACUGGUCGCAAUUACAGCUUUUUUCAAUUUGGCAAGUUUUUUCUUGUUCACUGUUAAAUAUUAA